AUGCACGCGAUUUUACGAAACAUUCCCAAGCAUCAUCCGUGUUAUCGGUGGAUAAAUUGUCCUCCGAUUUCCGGACGCGACAUUUACCGACCGAGCACCUAUGUUCGUUCGUAUCACAGUGAAAAUGGUGUGUACGGCUAUAAACCGAAGGCGGCACGACAGUUCGAAGUACCGAAAAAUUAUCUGGAAACACGAUCGAAGAACAGUAACUUCUACAGACUGGUCACCGCGUACAGGGAAUUCGGUCACAAACAAGCCGAUAUAGACCCAAUCUCCCCAACGAGACCGAUUCCACUGGCAGAAUUAGAUCCGGAAAAGUUUGGACUGCGUUUAACGGAUAAAGUUUCCUUCGAAGGGAUCCUAACGACCAACAAAAAAGAAGGAACAGUGGAAGAGGCUUUAAAAUUUCUGAACGAGACCUACAGCGGGACAGUAGGUCUCGAGUUCAGUUACUUACAGACCGAGGAGGAGAGAGAAUGGUUCGCAGAAACCGUAGAGAGAAGUAUGGCCGAUCGUUUGACGGACGAAACGCGAUUGGCGAUCGCUAAAGAAAUGCUGAAGAGCCAAGCGUUCGACAACUUUCUGGCCAUCAAGUUCGUCAGCCUGAAACGUUACGGGGGCGAGGGUGCCGAAAGUAUGAUGGCCUUCUUCCAUGAGUUUUUCCAAUUGUGUGCAAACGACGGCUUGAAGUACAUCGUCCUCGGUAUGCCACACCGAGGUCGACUGAACCUCCUCACUGGUAUGCUAAACUUGCCACCGGAGAAGUUGUUCUGGAAACUUCGCGGUUUCUCUGAAUUUCCCGAUGGAGUGAAAGCAACCGGCGACGUGAUCAGUCACUUGGUGUCCUCCACCGACCUCGACAUCGACGGACGAAACCUUCACGUGACCAUGCUGCGGAAUCCAUCCCAUUUAGAAGCCGUGAAUCCUGUCUCCAUGGGGAAGACUCGAGGAAUGAUGCAGGCUUUUAAGGACGGAGCUUACAGCGAGAACGUGGAUAGACGAUGGAGCGAUAAAGUGUUGAAUAUUCAGGUUCAUGGAGACGCCGCUUAUGCUGCCCAAGGUGUCGAUCAAGAAUGUUUAGCCUUGUCCUCGGUUCCACACUUCGAGAUAGGCGGAACGAUUCAUUUGGUCGUCAACAAUCAACUGGGUUUCACAACACCAGCAUCUAGAGGAAGAUCGUCGAGAUACUGCACGGAUUUGGCGAAGAUGAUCGAGGCUCCGGUGAUUCACGUUAACGGGGACGAUCCUGAGAUGGUCGUUUAUGCUACUAGACUAGCGUUCAUGUACCAGCGAACGUUCCGGAAAGAUGUCUUCGUAGACCUAAACUGUUUCAGGAGAUGGGGACACAACGAGUUGGACGAUCCUCUGUUUACGAACCCUGUUAUUUACAAAAUUAUACAAAAUCGCUCAUCGGUACCGGAUCGUUACUUAGAUAAACUGGUAAAGUGCAAUAUCUUUACCGUGGAGAAGGCUAGAGAAACCGUUGACAACUACACCGCUUGGUUGAAUCAAACUCUGAAACAGGUGGACAGUUAUGUCCCAGAACCUACGUACUUUGCAGGUCUGUGGACAGGGUUACGGCAAGCUGAUGCAAAUGUGACGCAAUGGGACACUGGUGUGGACGUGAGUCUACUGAGAUUCAUUGCCGAAAAGAGUGUCCGUGUUGACGAUGAUUCGACCGUCCACCCACAAUUAAUGAAGGGUCACAUUCAAUCCAGAUUGAAAAAAGUGACCAAUGGCGAUCGGUUGGACUGGGCAACUGCCGAAGCUUUGGCUGUCGGAAGUCUGUUGUAUCAAGGCUACAAUGUUAGAAUAAGUGGGCAGGAUGUGGGUCGAGGAACGUUUUCCCAUAGACAUGCCAUGCUCGUUGAUCAAUCGACAGGAAACAUACAGAUCGCUCUAAAUGGAAUGAUUAAGGGUCAAACGGGAAGGUUAGAGUUAGCUAACAGUAUUCUGUCGGAAGAAGCAGUCCUGGGUUACGAAUAUGGAAUGAGCAUAGCUUUACCGACAACCUUGACCAUCUGGGAGGCACAAUUUGGAGAUUUCUUUAACGGAGCACAGAUCAUCGUCGACACCUUUGUGACUAGCGGCGAAGCAAAAUGGAUGUUAAGCAGUGGUCUAACUAUGCUUCUACCACAUGGCUACGAUGGUGCUGGUCCUGAACAUAGUUCCUGUAGAAUAGAGAGAUUUUUACAGCUUACGGAUAGCAAUGAGAACAAGCCUGAUGGUGAUGAUGUGAAUAUGCACGUGGUGAACCCUACCACCCCAGCGCAAUACUUUCAUUUGCUCAGGAGACAGAUGGUAAGACACUUCCGGAAACCUUUAAUAGUAGCGGCUCCUAAAAUAUUACUACGUCACAGUGCUGCGACAUCAUCGCUAGAAGACAUGGGACCGCGAACCAGGUUCAUGAACGUUAUAGGGGAUGAGAAAGCGGCAAAGGCAGACGUGGAUAAGGUGAUUUUAAUGAGUGGUAAACAUUUUUAUGCUCUCGAUAAUUACAGAGAUACCACAGGACAGAAGAAUGUAGCAAUCAUUAGGCUAGAGAGUCUGUGCCCCUUUCCAGUGUAUGAAUUAUUACAAGAGCUUGACAGAUAUAAAAAUGCAAAGGCUUUUAUAUGGAGCCAAGAAGAACCACAAAAUAUGGGUCCAUGGAGUUUUGUGAAACCUCGUUUCGAAAAUUUAUGCGGUAGACGCUUACAGUAUUGCGGUCGUAAACCUAUGGCUGCACCAGCUGUGGGUGAAGGCCAAGUGCACCAGCAGGAAACUCAGGAAGUUAUUGUUAAACCGUUCAGUAUGAAUUGA